AUGGCCGCGUCACGAGUUAUCAAGCUACCUCGGGAUGACGAUGAAUCCACCUAUGCUCUCAUCCAAGUCAUCCAAAAGGGCUCCAAACCCUUGGAUGUAAAGCUUGUCGGGACAGAAGGCGAAGCACCAUAUGUAACUUCUUUGAAACAUGAUCGGGUAGCCUCACUACAGGUCCCGAAUUGCCCUGUAUCUGAGUCUGAGUGGCAGGCCAUAUUACAAUCUCUGUUUUCUCUACAGCCAGUCGCGGAUAUACAAGCAACAGCUAGAAUCGAGAGCGAGGUCUCUCUCUCUAUCACAGUUCGAAAGCGAGUUCAAGGAAUUACACAACGACUCGGCUCCAUAGAGCUGAAGCAUGACGAAAAUGAAGGCAUAGAGCUUUUCAAAUGGUGCGCCGAGACUACAGAUGCUCUGGCUCAAAGCAACGUGGCCUUGGCCGAAGCUGCCGCCCACGCGAAAGAGCUUGAAACCACGGUGAAGGAGCUAAAGACACAACUGGACGAGCUCAUUACAUCGAAAGAAGACGAUGAAACAGCCCUGCUUCUCAAAUUCCGGGAUCUUCUUAAUGAAAAGAAGGUGAAAAUCCGUGAACAGCAAAAGAUCCUUGCCGCAGGCCCGAUUCAAAGCAGCCAGCAAGCAUCUCAACGGUUGCAGCCACCAGACACUCAGCCGUCUCGCAUGCCUGCCCCUUCUCGGCCUAGAAAACGAAAAGUCCAGGUGGUGGAAGCUUCGAAAAAUGAGCCAGAAGAAGAUGAAAUGGAGGUGGACAAGAUCAAAGUUGAGCCUCAAGACAGCGAGCAAGAGGAGACAGCAGAAGACACAGCCUCCGGUGGUAGCGAUGACGAUGAUGACGAUGACGGAGGUGAUGACAGUGAUAUCCGCAAGGAUAAGGCUGGGUCGGGAGACGACAGCAGCCCUGGACCUGCGCCCAAAGCUGCGCCUCCUCCCAAGAAAUCAGCUGAGCAACCCCCGGCUCCGAGAAGUUUACCUUUUGCAAAGAAAGCUGCGCCUGCCAAAGCACCGGCAGCAGAGGAGGAGACGGAAUCUGACGAUGAUGAGCUGUGA